GGUUGUAGUGAAUUAUCUUCCUACAAGCAAUGCUCUUUUGAUAUGGCUUAGUGCCGGUUGGAAAAUUAAUAUUGGUGUCUUGGUAUUCUACUAACGUUAGUAGUCAAGGGAUGGGAAAGACGCCUGCUGUGGUGAUCCUCCAGCGGCACCUCAGUGUCAGGUAGUGACGGCGCAAAGGCAAUGCGGUCUGCCAACUGUCAGCUGGGCAACCACCAUAUACAAUGAAGAAGAUAUUCAACUUCACCAAGAAAAAGAAAGGCUUCUCCCCUAACACCUCGGACACUGGGAGUGUGCUGUCUGUGGGCUAUGACUUGAAGGAGAAGGACCUUGGAAAGGUACACAAGGCUGCUUAUGGGGGUGACUUGGCCAAACUGAAGCAGCUGGCCAAGAAGAAUGACAUCAAUCAGCUUGAUAAGGAGAACAGAACAGCACUUCACAUUGCCUGUGCCAAUGGACAUACAGACGUGGUCCAGUUCCUGGUUGAGAGCAAAGCCAAGCUCAACCUAUGCGACAAUCAAAACAGAUCCCCCUUGAUGAAGGCAGUUCAGUGCCAGCAGGAGCGCUGCGUGGCCACGCUACUGGAGCAUAAUGCCGAGACUAAUUUGGUGGACAUCAACGGCAACACUGCCCUGCACCUGGCCUCCUGCAUCCCUGCCUUUUCCACCGCUAUGCUGCUGCUGGAGCAUGAGGCCAAUGUCAACGCCCAGAACAAGGAGGGAUACUCCCCUCUGACUAUGGCAGUGAAGGAGAAUCAUGCCGAGAUGGCAGAGUUCCUCCUCAAGGAGGGGGCUGACGUCAACACUAAGGACCAGGGAAACAGGUCCCCAUUAAUGAUCGCUGCUUGCAAUGGACAAAUCAGUAUGGUGCGGAUACUCCUGCAGUUCGACGCAGACAUCACCUUAAAGGACAAUAAUGGAUGGUCGUCUGAUGACUAUGCCGUGAUGAACGGACACCAUGCUUGUUCCCAUCUCAUCAUUGAGCAUGGCACCAAGAGGAAGUCCAUGCCGUCUCCCGCCCACGCCCCGGCCAAAAAGAAGCGAGCUUCCAUGUUGGGCAGCCCUUCCCAAGAAGCAGGCUUCUCUCUUGGGGGACCAGCCACUGACAAAGAUGAGCAAGGAGCGAGUGAAGGAGGGAGAGAUGUUGAGGACAAUUCGCAAACAGAGUCAAUAAGUCGGGCGUCAAAAAGUGCGGCUGACGAUUCCUGGGCAUCCUCAGAUGAACAGGACGAAUUGGAUAUAACCCCAAAGAAACAUCCCAAGCUAAACCUAAAGAAACUGAUGAAUGCCUCCAAAAAGGGAAAGAAUGACGCUGUACCCGUAACCGAUCUCGACAAGCCAUGGAGCGGCCCUGAGUCCGAGAGUGAGAACCGAGUCCAGAGAAACCCAUCCCUCCCCAAGGCUUUCCCACCCAGCAGCGCCCCCCAGCACCUAGUCUCCCCCUCACCCGCUGCCUCCUUUACCUCCAAACCUCCCCAGAUGACCUCCACCCCUCUCCAGAGUUCCUGGAAGGAAAAAGAUUUCACAGAGGAUGAAGAAGAUGAGGAGGAGGAGGAAGACAGAGGUGGUGAUGGAGAAGAUGAGGAAGAGAAAAGCUACAAGGAGGAGAUGGAUAAGGGAAAGACAAAACAUCAGCCAGAAGAGGAAAAAGACGAUCCCCUUGUUGAUGAUUCACCAGUCCUAGGAAGUGAAGACACCUCCAAAGAAAAACAAAGAGAUUUCCUUUCUGAGUUGGGUCUGGAGAAGGGAGAUGAUGAGGAAGACUCAUGGGACACUGAGUCUGGGUCUGGCAGUCCCAGAAAACAGCAUGGCCGAGAUCCUGCAAAGGUGCCACAUGUUUCCAUUAUUUCAGAGGAGAACAAAGAAGUUUUAAGAAAUGAUGAUAAUGGUGAGGAUGCCGACAAUGUCCCAGAAAAGACGCCAGAGAAAAUCAAAAGGGAAACUCUGUCUAUCUUGACCAAGCUUGUACUGUCCAAAAAAGAUGCUGACAAAAAGACUGACAUAAUGGAGGAGCUUGGGUUGGGUGAUGUUGAUGAUCUUGAAGAUGCCUCUGAUUGGGACACGGCCAGCACCGCUAGCAGGAGAACCCUCCCCGGCCACAGAGGGCCCUCCCCCAGUGGCGAGGAGCUGAGGGAGGAGGCCUCUUCCCGAUCCCCCAUCCUUCUGCCGGCUGUCCAGGAGCAGGAGCCAGACAUCCCAGAUACAGAUACAGCAGCAAUAGCUGAGAGGGGCGGUCCCAAGGAGCAGAUACACUCUCUUUCGGACAGACCCCUCCCACUGGCCAGCCCGCGCUCCCUUACCCCUCAAACCCAACUCCAGCCCCAGCCCCGUGCUAGGAAGAUGCUGCUCCAGAGAACAGAGAGUGAGGAAGACUUUGAUUGGGAUUCCGACCAUGUGACUACCUCGACCCCCAGCCCAGUCAGGACUGGGAAGCAAUUACCAAACAUAACAGAGACCGUCGCAGUGUUGAAACCUGAUAACCCUGUGCGUGAGCCCUCGCCAGUGAAGCAAGAGAGUGAGAGCAGUCCAGAGCCCGAGGAGCAGGCACAAGAGGAGAAAGACGUUGCAUUAGAGGCAUCAGAGUUAGACUUGGGCGAAGACCAGACAAAGACCAACAUGGAGGUGCUGCAAAAAUCAAGUGCUUCAUGGGAUGCAGGAGGAUUAAAGAGAAGACAGUGUGAACGUGAACUAGACAAAGAAGAAGAGGAGAAACCUGAGACCAGUUUAGGACACCCUAAAGAGUCACACAGUGGAAAUGGUGCAACAGAAAGCGAACAUCAGCUCAGAGCAACAGACAGUAUUGCCCAAAGACACUGGUCCAAAAGUCCAAAGAGCGCUGACAGGGCCCUGGAGGACCAACUACGUCAUCAGCAGCAGAAGAAGAAGAAGGAGGGGAGAGCUGUAUCUAACGAGGCCACCUUACAGUUACCCUUUCUGGGGGGAGCCAGGCAUGGCCAAGCUCCCCAGGCAGCUAACCAUGUUAACGCAGGAGACCCCCUCUCAGUGUUUGACGAUAGUACUUUAAGUGAAGUGUCGGACGAUGAUGGAAGGUCUCUAUCUGCAUGGCAUCGGAAGGACAAGACUGCUGGCGAGAUGGAGAUCGCGGAAGACUUUGAUGAGCUCACACAGUCAUCGGACACGGCCACAUCUGACCUCGAAGACCCCACCUCUGGCUACCGUCACGCCUCUUUUCUCAUCAAACAGCUCGACUCUACCACUUUAGACUCCGUGAGCAUCGUGAAGCUCCAGAACAUGUUCCACGAGUAUGAGCGCACCAUCCAGAGGGAGCGGGCCCGCCAUGGGCGCCUGUCCGACAAGGUGAGCCAGCUGGAGGCCGAGCGGUGCGAGCUGAGGGCCUCCCUGGAGGAAAGCCGGGACGGCAAGCAGGCCCUGGAUCACCGGCAGCUGGAGCUGAACACGGACCUCAACAACCUUAAGUUCCAGCUGAAGCAGGAGCAGGAGAAGCACCGGAACGCCUCCAUGCUGUACGACAAGACGCGGGAAAUGCUGCGGAGGAAGGAGGAGGAGCUCCGGGCCGAGGCCGAGGAAAAGCACAAGGUGGAGCUGGCCGUGAGGAACCAGGAGCUGGAGAUGAGGGCCAUCCUUAACAAUAUGAAACAGUCGGAGGAGGAUCGCAGCGAGACCCAGAGGCUGCUGACCCAGGAGCGAGGUGCCCGAGUUCUGUCAGAGACCCUCCUUAACAAUCACCUCCGCAAGCAACAGGAGAUCGAGGAGGAAAACAGGAGGACCAUCAGCAAGAGCAACGAGGCCCUGUCCCAGUUGACGGAGGCCACCGACCGAGAGAGGGAGCUGCUGCAGCAGAGCUCUGUGCUCCAGGACGAGCUGAGCUCCCUGAGAGCUGAGUUGGAGCGCUCCCGCUUCCACAGUCGCCAGGAGGAGUCCCUCCUUUCCAAGGAGAGCGAGGCGUUGAGGGAGCGCCUAGAGGACGCCCGGCACAACCUCAAACUCAACGAGGAGGCGCUGGCCCAGACGGUCUACCAGUACACCAGCCAGCUGACCACCGUCAAGGCCGAGCUGGCUGUGGCUUCCACAAGGCUGGAGCACGAGCGCCAGGCGAGGGAGCAGCUGGAAGCCGAAGGUGAGUCGGCGAGGACGCGACUGACCGGCGCUCUACAGGAGGCAGAGAGAUGCCAGGCGGCACGCGCCGACGCCGAAAGGGCUCUUCAUCGCGAGCGCGAGGGGCACCAGCGCGCCCAGGACAAGCUUACGGGCGUGGCGGCGAACAAACGCGAGGCGGUGGGCGGACUAUCGCAGAAACUCGCCAAGGCAGAGUCACGUGCAAACGGCCUCGAAAAUGAGGUGCACCGCGUCACAAUGUCGCUUGCUGAGAUGGAGCAUGUGGUCGCCACGCUGCAGAGGGACAGGGAGCAAACUGGGGGGCGGGUGAAGGAGCUUGAGGCAGCUCUACAGGCGGAGAGGGACCAGGCUGGGAGAGUGUGCGCCCGGCAGGAGGCGCUGCAGGAGAGGCUGGCGGCGGCACAGAGCGAGGCCAUGCUGCUGAGGCAACAGCUGGAGGAGGCCCAGAACAAAGGGAUGGUGAAGGAGAAGGCGGUGACGGACGCCCAGGAGCGCUUUGGCGACAUGCUGGCUAAGCUGCGCUCGGACGGUGAGGAGCAUGUGCAGCUGGUAGAGGAGAGGAGCAAGGAGCUGGCCACCAAGGCCGCCGACCUCCGCGACCAGGUCUACAAGCUGGAGGAGGAGAAGAACGACAGAGAGACCGGUUUAAGGCAGCUGCAGCAAGAACUCGCCGACUCGCUGAAGAAGCUGUCGAUGAGCGAGGCUUCCCUGGAGGUGAAUACACGCUACCGCAAUGACCUGGAGGAGGAGAAGGCGCGACUGCUCAAGGACAUGGACCGCCUUAAGGGGAAGCUGGAGGAGAGCGAGGACCAGUACGUUCAGGCGGAGCGGCGUAUCAAAGCUCUGAAGAGCAGUCUGGAUGAGAAGGAGCGAGAGGUGGUCGCCACCUCUCAGAAACUGCAGGAGGUGCUGUCUGCCUUCGCAGGCUCAGACACCACCAUUAAACAGCUGGAGGAGGCUGUGCAGAGAUUGGAGAUUGAGAAUGCCAGGCUGGAGGCAGCAGCAAAGCAGCAGACCAACAGGAUCGAGGCACUGCAGAAAGGAGUCCAAGACUCUGCCAUGCCAUCUGACUCUGCAGCAGAAGGAGGGGUCAGGAACCGUCUGGAGGACUUGGUGACUGGCCUGCAGUGCAGCAAGAUGACCCUGGAGGACCAGCUCAGUCAGGAGGUGCAGAAGCAAAGCAUGCUGUCCCAUAACGCCCAGGACUCCCAUGCGCUGUGGGAGGAGGAGCUGAAGAGCCGGUCCAAGCUGGGUCUGCGCCUGGCCGAGCUGGAGAAGGAGAAAGGAGAGCUCAGCAGCCAGAUGGAGCUAGAGAAGAAAAAGGCCAAGAAGAUAGCGGAGCAGAAAAAGUCUGUGGACACCAGACUGGACCAGGAGAUGACGAGAAACACAGAACUACAGAAAGAAAUGUACAGGCUGCGGACCCUGGUGAAGACGGCUAAGAAGAAGCUGCGGGAGCAGGACGGUGCCGGGGCUGAGUUUGGAUCGCCCAUGAGCAGCAUGACUGAGGCUGCCAUCGGCAGGAUGAAGGAAAAGGUGGAUGACCUGUCGGUGCAGCUGGAGAAGGAGGUGUCUCGCUGCAGCCAGCUGGAGAGGGUCAACGGGGAGCUCAAGGAGCAACUGGCCUCCCUGAAGGGCCUGGGCCGCAGCAACGAGCGGCUUGAGCGCAGCAAGAGGCACCUGGAGGAGGAGUUGUUGGGCCUGCGGCGGCAGGUGGAGGCAGGGGUGAUGGACCAGAGCCAGGUUGAUCAGUACCGACGAGACGCAGAGGAGAGGGCCCGCCAGGAGAUCAGACAAAAACUGGAGGAGGUCAACCUCUUCCUACAGACCCAGGCGGCGUCCCAGGAGGCGUUGGAGCAGAUUAAGGCAGCAAACGAGGCCAGCCUGCGCUCCACGCUGGAGCAGCGUAUCCGGGAGCUGGAGGGCGAGCUGGGCAGAGCGCACUCCACGCAGCACGACAGUAUGAGCCUGCGAGACUCCACCCGCACCGAGCUGGAGCGCUACCGGGAGCUCUACACGGAGGAGCUGCGUCUCCGCAAGGCCCUGGCUGCCAAACUAGAGAGGUCCAAUGAGCGGCUGGCGGAGGCCAACACCAAGCUGAUGAGUGAGCGCCACCGCAGCAAGUCCCUGAUAGCCAGCAGCAUCGUCAACGGCAGCCUGGGUGCGCCCCUGGACAUGGGCUCCCUGGGGUCGGUGGGUGCCUACGGGGCCACGCUGGGGCCCCUCAACAGGAGCCUGGGAGGAUCUCUCCUCAGCCCCCUGGGGGAUGGGGGCCAGAGCAGCAGGGUGGAGGCUUACCUGGCUAAGAUGCAGAAUGAAUUGGAGAGAAACAUAUCAAAGGAGUUGGACCAUGCGACAGCAGAGCUGGAGGGCUCUGCCCGGAUGUCUCCGGUGGGCUCUGCCUCAGGCUCCCCUACCAGCCUGGGUCGGGGUCUCAGUGUGGUGGAGGACCCAGUCAGCAGGGCCACACAGCAGUACCUGGAGGUGCUCAAGAAAAACUAUAUGAUUUGACCAACCCACAGCAGGGCCAGGCAGCACUGGGCUGCCCAUAGGGAACCACAGCUGUCCAUUUUACCAUGACCUGGGUGGUGUUCAUUAGGGCACGCGGGGGGAACUGUUUUUUUUUGCAAUGGAAGGCAAAAAUGUACAUUUUUAAGUCCAGGUAUUCCUUCCGUUUCAGUCCGUUUUCUUCCGUUUGAUGCCCUAAUGAACAUGACCCUGGUCCUCCUCAAUGCCGAUUUACAUAAAAAGAACAUGCACAUCGAGAACAACACUAAAGGCCAAAGCCACUCCACUAUGACACACUCCAAUUUUUGUUUUGUUUUACUAUUUAUUCUCUGUCUUUUAAGAAAGGAAACAGAUGUGAUGCACAUUGCACUUAUAGUGCAUUCAGAAAGUAUUCAGACCCCUUGACUUUUUCCUCAUUUUGUUACGUUACAGCCUUAUUCUA